ACAUUUAACGGAAUAAUGACGGACAAAGGCUUGAUGAAACGAAUUUCAUUAUCCUCGAAAAGUCGGGCCAGUUUCCCUUCUGGCGGAGGACAUGUAUCGGCCGGAUCAUCAUCAUCAUCAGCUGUUCCUGGCAAUGCCGGUGCCGUCGGCCCAGGAUGCAGUAAGCUGCCACCGGUAAAACCUUCGCUGGUAACCAGCAUCCCAUCGCCCAAUUCUCCCGAUCAGUCCGUGCUAUUUCCACACAUUAAAACUUUGGACAACUCGAAGGUGUUGCCAAAGUAUACUGCAGCGCUGGCAAAUACCACGGAAGAAUUGAUACCGGCUGAAGAUUUGGAUACAAUUCAGCUGGAACUAGAGCUGUUGCUGUCGACGGUUGCGUUGCGAUCGCGGGUAUUAAAGGCGGAGCUGGAAACGAUCGACAAAGCAGAUGAGCGUCGCGAACGCAAAGGAAAGCAUUUGGAGCGAGCACCUUCAUCGCCGGGCAAGCGGAAGCGCUUGGAAGAGAAACAGAAAUUGCGCGAAAGUGCCGGCAAGUUGUUUGGCCACCAGAUGAAGCUUUCGAAAAUCAAACAUUCUUCCUCGCUCGUACCACCAUCACCGGCACCGUCGCAAAAUACGGAUGAUAGCAUGGAUGCGGUUCCUUUCUUGCCACAGAACCAUCACCUACAGCACCUAAGCAGCGAUAGUACGAAACCGAUUGUGCCGAAAAAUGAUACACCAAACAAAUUUUGGCUUUCGGUCGAACCGUACUGUAUGCCAAUCUCGCACGAAGAUUUAAAGCUUUUAGAUGAUCUGCUGGAGGAAUACUCAGGACCGCUGAUUCCUCCCAUACCCGAGUUGGGACCGCAUUACAGCACGCAAUGGGCAGCGGAUGACAUAAAGGAGGAACAGGAUGGUGUGGCAAAUUCCGUUGGAUCCAAAUCAAAGUCCAAAACGCUCACCAAUGGCGAUGUUAGCAAAAAGGAAAAGAUAAUGGGAGAAGGAAUCACAGGUCCGCUGACUCAACGGCUUGUUUCGGCAUUGAUGGAAGAGAACCUGCAUCCAGACUGUAGCAGCAACGAGAACAGCAACAGUAGCUCUGACGUCACGCACAGCAAUCAUGCACGAAGUGCCGUUUCUCUGUUAAAAAAUGGAAUAAGCAUCGAGCGAAGACUUCGCCGGGAGCUGAUCGAGCAGGGCAUUCUGGACGCCGAUGAUAUGCCGAAAAGUCAGCAGGACGAUGAAAUACUUUCCGAAAUCAAUCGCGUUCGUACGGAGCUCGCAGUUAUUGCGGAGUACAAUUCGAACGAGAUUCGCAAACUACAAUCGAUGGCUAAAGACGAAAUGAAGCGGAUCGAGGUCAAACGUAAGCUGGAUCGAGUUGAUCAAGAGAUAAUGGAUACAUAUCAAAAGGUAAUUGCGGCGCGACUUAAACGCCGACAGUUAACCAAACAGGAACGCGAUGAGGUGUAUCGAUUAACUGAGGAACAAAAGCGUCUUUCGGAUCAGUUGGAGCUGAUGCCUGUGCAUGGACCGUUCGGACGAACUACGAAUUAAUGCG